GCAGGGUAAACUUGACAUCUCCCACUCACUCAUUAUGCUGGCCGGUCUCGAAGGCCUCAAGAAGAGCUCCGCGCUAGUCAACGGUGUAGACAUCGCCUACCGCGCCGUGCUCUCCGACAAGCCACCCUUGCUUCUCCUCCACGGGCACCCCCAGACGCAUGUGAUCUGGCACAAAGUCGUCCCUGCUCUGCGCGAGCACUUCUCGCUCGUGCUCCCGGACCUGCGCGGCUACGGGGACAGCACAAAGCCCCCCGCGUCUCCUGACCACGCGAACCACAGCAAGCGUGCGAUGGCGGCGGACAACGUCGCGCUCAUGUCCCAUCUCGGCUUCGAACGCUUCAGCGUCCUGGCACACGACCGCGGCGCACGCGUUGCCCACCGUCUUGCGGUCGACCACCCUGACGUGCUUGAGCGCCUCGUGGUGCUGGACAUCGCGCCUACACUCGCGAUGUAUGAGGGCACGACCGAGUUCUUCGCAAAAGCCUACUGGCACUGGUUCUUCCUGAUUCAGCCUAGCCCCAUGCCUGAAACAUUCAUCGCGUCAAACCCCGAGACGUUCAUCAACGCGUGCAUGGUCAAGUUUGCGGGCGCAAACCCGUUCGCAGAGGAAGCCCUGCAGGAGUAUCUCCGCUGCGCCAAGCUAGAGGGGUGGGCUGUUGGCGUGUGCGAAGACUACCGCGCGUCGGCCAGCAUCGACCUCGAGCACGACCGCGCCGACCGCGACGCCGGGCGCAAGGUCCAGGCGCCCAUGCUCGCAAUCUGGGGCGCAGCCGGCAUUGUCGAGAGAUGCUUUGACCCACUCACCGAGUGGCGCCGGGUUGCCACCGACGUGCGCGGCGGCACCGUGCCCUGCGGUCACUACAUUCCCGAGGAGGCACCUGACGCGAUGCUGGAGAGGGCGCUGCCAUUCCUCCUUGGCAGAGAAUAGAUGUCUACUAUGUACACUU